CAAUGGAUGUCAUGCUUACAGGAAUUGACCUUAACUUACAUCACACCUGAAGACCACAUUCAGUGAUCAAUCAUUUGUCCGCUUUUUGGCCACAAAUGAUAUAAACAAAUAGUUUUUUGGACACAACUCAAGAGGAAUCGAGUGAUCGCCGAAGACGUCGACCAGAAAAUGGGAAUCAAUUCGAGCACAAGACGAGUGACAGUCGUGAACGACAACGAGUCCGGAGUCAUCAGGAUCUCGGAAUCGGUGGUACAGAAGAUCAGUCAAACGCAACACCACAGCAAUGAUAGCCAACCGAUUCAAAGACCUCCUCCGCAGUCAUCACAACCUGCGCCACAAUCGCAACAACAACAGCAAAGUCCUCCUCAGAGGCGAGAAUUAUCUAGCGAUCACCUCUUCGUGGGCUCCCAGUCUUCGCGCGAAGAACACGAGCGUGAGAUCCGACGUCUGGAGCAGUCGUGGAAGACUCAGAUCCAGGAGCUUCAGAAGCAGAACCGACAGCUGUGGUCGACGGCCAACGAGAACCUGUCGACCAAUAUAUCGGACGUCGAGAAGAAUCUCGUGAAACAAAAAUGUGAUCCCAUUUGUAGACAACACGAGCGACUAGUGGUCGACUGUUAUCACUCGAAUAGAUCCCAACCCUUAAAGUGUUCCAAAGAAGUGAAGGCUUUCGUGGAUUGUGUACAUCAGCUAGCGAGUUGGUUAGCCAGCGAUGACAAUAGUAAGAAGACUAGUGCCAAACGAUUCGAGAGAUUAGAGUCGAGGGAUAGUAUGCUGUCAUCGCCUUCCCUCUCGCCGACAACUGAGUGUCAGUUCGACUUCGAGUCCACACCAUUCAGGGGCUUAAGAGAUCGGCGGAUCAGUUCACUCGUCGACGAAUUGCUGAAUGAUAUUUAUUGCAAUCUUAGGGCCAAUCGCAACAGAAACCUAAGCGUCAGUUCCGAUACCAGUAAUUACUCGACGCCUGAAUUCCAGAAGAAGCCGCUUUACAAAGACAUCUAUUUGAAAGGGAAAGGUCUGGCGGAAGUGAAUGAAUUGGUGCAACACCUGCGCGAAGACGUUCACCGCAUGAAUCUAAUGCUAUUACAUGAGCUGCGAAAGCGGGACCGACUGUCUGUCCACAGGAGUCAGUACUACGACAUCAUAACCGCCGCACUUCAGGCUAUAUCACCGAAACGCAGUGAGACUCGCAUUACUUGUAGUCAUGUAUUCAUAGCAUUAUAG